GCAAUAUUCCUAAUUAAUAAGCUUAGGUUAGAGUGGUUGAGCAUUAAACUAACAUGACUUUGGUCUCGCAAGUGUGCGACUGUGGUGUCGUUGCGGGGAUCUCUCCUCACCAUUGAACAAGGAAAAGGAGGAGCUCUCCAUUCUCGCAUACACAUUGAUUAUGUUUUUGCUCGGAAAAGGACCUAUGUUCGACGCCAAUAUCUCCGCCAUCCAUCGGUUGAAGGUAACGGACUUCCGCUUUCAUUUCAUCGUGCAGCAAUUGUGUCGAGUUGCAAAAGAUUCAGUGAAUAAGCUAUGGUUCUUGAAGUUAAUAUAUCUUCACCUCAUAGGAGGUCACAGUCACUGACUGCAUUUUCAACUUCAUCAUCAUCUAAAAGACAACCACCACGAGGUGAUGAAUUUGGGAGCUGUGCCACUCUACUUCAGCGCCACCGCUUCCUGUUAACAGCGCUUUCCCUCCUAGCAUGUCUCUGCACUAUCUAUCUCUACUUUGCAGUCACUUUAGGGGCUGCUGACUCAUGUUCUGGCUUGAAAGGAACUCAAAAAGCAGCAUGCUAUGUAGAGCAAGGAAAAACAUCGAUGGGUAAAGGAAAACUCAAGUUCUUCUAGCACAUUGAUAAUUUUCUAGCUGAAAGAGCGUUUUGCUGAAUGACUGCUCCUUUCAUUAUGAGGGGCAUAUUCAUGUAACUCAGUCUAACUAUUCCUCACAUGUUAUUUCAGACUUGUGUGCAAUAGUUUGUUUAUAUAUAUCAAAUUCCACAAAUUUUGAUCCAGGAAA